AUGCAUGCAUUCACUCGUAGCUCUUUCCAUUAUCUUUCUUUUCUAUACGGAGGCACCACAGUGUUUCGAUUCAUUAAAGAAUACAUUACAUCACUGAUACAAGAUGUACCGGAAUCGCGUGAUACGAGAGUAGUAAUCAACAUGUUCAAAAGAUCACUGAACACUCGUCAAUGGAUUGUCAUCUGCACAAUUAUUCUGAUCGGGUUGAAUCUUCCACUGGUAAUCAUCUUAUCCAAGAAAUUCAUCGAACGCACUUUACAGCUGAGAAAAGCUAUCACAUUCGCCGAAAUUGGAGAGAACUAUGAAGAAGAUGCUCAGUUUACCAAAGCACUUCACUUCUAUCAACGCGCUUUAAACAUCAAAAUAAACAUUCUCUCUCCUACACAUCCUACCUUGGCAACACGUUACAAUAACGUUGGCUCUGUGUAUUCUAAUCUAGCCGAGUAUUCGAAGGCUCUCGAAAACUACAACAAGGCGCUUGAAAUCCAACAGAAAGCUCUUCCUUUCGAUCAUCCAGAUUUAGCAGCAACUCACAACAACAUUGGCGAAGUUUAUUUUUCUAUAGGAGAUAACUCACGAGCUCUGGAAAAUUACAACAAAGCGCUGGAAAUCCAACAGAAAAUUCUUCCGUCGAACCAUCCAGACUUAGCGAUCACUUACAAUAACAUUGGUUCAACACAUUACCAGAUGAGUCAGUAUUCAAAAACAUUGGAGAACCACAACAAAGCGUUAGAGAUCCAACAAAAAACUCUCCCUUCCAAUCAUUCACUCUUAGCAGCAACAUACACCUACAUCGGUUCUUUGUAUUUUGCGACAGGAGAAUAUUCCAGAGCCCUUCAAAAGUACGAUGAAGCCCUUGAAAUUCGAUACAAAGCUCUUCCUUCCAACCAUCCUGACUUAGCAACGACGUACAACAACAUCGGUCGAGUGUAUUCUGUCAUGGGCGGCCACUCAAGAGCUUUAGAGAACUACAAAAAAGCGCUUGGAAUUCAGCACAUGAACCUUCCUUCGUAUCAUCCCCACUUAGUAGUGACGUAUAACAACAUUGGUUCUGCGUAUAAUAAAAUGGGCGACCACACAACAGCUCUGAAACACUACGACCGAGCACUCAAAAUUCAACACAAAGUUUUACCUUCGACGCAUCCAAGUGUAGCGACGACGUACAACAACAUUGGUGCAGUGCAUCUCAUUAUGGGGAAUUAUGCUCGAGCUCUAAAGAAUUAUCACAAACAGUUAGAAAUUGAGCAAAAAUCCCUUCCAUCGACACAUCCAGAUUUAGCAACAACAUACAGUAACAUCGGCUUUGCAUACACAAAAAUGGGCGAUCACUCAAGAGCUCUGGAAAACUACAACAAAGCACUCGAAAUUCUAUACCAAAGUCUUCCCCCCAACCACCCUGACUUAGCAACGGCGUACAACAACUUAGGCGCUGUGUAUUUUCGUCUGGGCGAAUAUUCGAAGGCUCUCGAGAACUAUAACAAGGCGUUUGAAAUCCAACAGAAAGCUCUACCUUCGAACCAUCCAGAGUUAGCAACGACGUACAGCAACAUUGGUGUACUGUAUUAUUAUAUGGAAGAUCACUCACGAGCUUUAGAAAACUACCAAAAAGCACUGGAAAUUGAGCAGAGCGCUCUCCCUGCGAGCCAUCCAGACUUAGGAAAAACAUACAGUAACAUCGGCUUAGUGUAUUCUAAGAUGCGCUCUUAUUCAAGAGCUCUGGAAAAUUACGAUAAAGCGCUUGAAAUUCAGCACAAAACUCUUCCUUCCAAUCAUCCAGACUUGGCGACAAUGUACAACAACAUCGGUUUAGUUUAUUCUGAUAUGAAAGACCAUUCAAGAGCUCUUGAAAACUACGUCAAAGCGCUUGAAAUUCGACACAAAGCUCUUCCUUCCAACCAUCCCGACUUAGCAACGACGUACAACAACAUCGGUCGAGUGUAUUCUGUCAUGGGCGACCACUCAAGAGCUUUAGAGAACUAUAAAAAAGCGCUUGGAAUUCAGCACGUGAUCCUUCCUACGUACCAUCCCGACUUAACAGUGACGUACAAUAACAUUGCAUCUGUGUACAAUAAGACGGACCAAUUCUCGAGAGCAGUCAAUCCUCACUCUCUUCCAGACAAUGGGAUCGUGUAUAGCAUUGCGAACGGGACGUAUGAGAGGUGGAAUGAAGAUUUAUUGACCGGAGAAUAG